AUGUCACAUCGGCACGGCGACUCGACUGCGUCGGCCUCUCUGAUCCCUGAUGCCGACUCGGAUCUGGACCUGGACUUGGACGAACUCGACCCCCAGACCACCACCGACAACAGCCGCAACCACGCUUCGGCGAACGGCCAUUCUUCCAAAAAUAUCCCACUCAAGAACCUGCGACUUGGAGGGAGAAGAGCUUUCAGGAGGCCAGACCGCUAUGUCGACGACGCAGAUGCCGAAGACCUGGAAGCCCUGGUAGGAAGAGACAGUCAAGCACAUGAACGAGAGUCGCAUACCCAUCAACCACCUCCCUCGCACACGUCGCGCUUACGCCGUCUGUCCGACAAGUCGCAAUCUGCUCUAGCCAAGUUCAGAGCCCGCCUCAACCCCUUCUCGCGCUCCAUCCCGCUCGACAACGACAACGACGACGACGAGCCCGAAGAUGAACACGAUCCCGCCUCCAACCGAACCAUCGUCGUAGGCACCCGCCAGGAUGCCAAAUACCCUCCCAAUGCCGUAUCCAACGCCAAAUAUACCCCCGUCUCCUUCCUACCCAGGACUUUAUACAACGAGUUCUCCUUCUUUNUCAACAUGUAUUUCCUCCUCGUCGCCCUGUCGCAAAUCAUCCCACAAUUACGCAUUGGCUACCUGAGCACUUACAUAUUCCCCUUGCUCUUUGUCUUGACCAUCACUCUCGGAAAGGAGGCUAUGGAUGAUAUACACCGAAGAAGAAGAGACCAAGAGGCCAACUCUGAGAGAUAUACCGUCUUGCAAUUUGGAGACAAUGAUACUACAAACACAAGGCGACACCGCCCGACAGACCAAGAUGCUGACGGCUUACUGCAUGCUGAAGUGCGAGAGACUUCCAAGCCCUCGCGAUUGCUAAAAGUCGGAGACGUCUUGGUCAUGACCAAAGACCAGCGCUUUCCCGCUGAUGUUGUCAUUCUCAAAAGUUUCUCUCAAGAGUCGUCAGCCCAGCCUGAACCCUUGCCCGAGAGCGACGAAGCAAACCUGUUCGAGACCGAAGUCGCAAGCGUGCCAGAACCGCCUUUAGCCAACCAAACCACUUCUGAAGAUCCCAGCGCUGGCGGUGAAGCCUUCAUUCGAACAGAUCAGCUCGAUGGUGAGACAGACUGGAAGCUCAGAUUAGCCUCUCCUCUCACCCAAGACUUGCCAUCUCGCGACUAUACGAGACUACGCUUGACCGCUGGAAAGCCCGAUAAACGUGUCAACGAUUUUGCUGGUACUCUAGAUCUGCUACCAGAUGGCCGUCAAGCAUACGAUCCCUACGAGUCCGAGGCGCCGGCUGCUGAAGUCCCAGGAACAAAAUCUAUCCCUUUGUCCAUUGACAACACCGCCUGGGCCAACACCGUACUGGCCUCGAGCACUGCUGUUUAUGCUGUCGUCAUCUAUACAGGUCCCGAGACACGUGCCGCUCUCUCCACCUCCGCUAGUCGUUCAAAGACUGGCUUGCUCGAGAAUGAAAUUAACUCUCUGACCAAGAUUUUGUGUUUCUUGACUCUUGCUCUGUCAUUCAUUCUGGUCGCUCUGAAAGGAUUUCAAGCUGAAAAUGGUCGGGAGUGGUAUGUCUCUGUCAUGCGCUUCCUUAUCCUGUUCUCCACCAUCGUACCUAUCAGUCUGCGUGUCAAUCUCGAUAUGGGCAAGUCAAUGUAUGCUUGGUUCAUCGAACGUGAUCAAGGUAUACCAGGAACUGUCGUCCGCACCAGCACUAUCCCUGAAGACCUUGGCCGCAUCGAGUACUUGCUUAGUGACAAGACUGGCACUUUGACCCAGAACGAGAUGGAGUUGAAGAAGAUUCACGUUGGUACAGUCUCGUACGCCAACGAAGCGAUGGAUGAGGUUUCUGCCUAUGUCAAGUCAGCUUUCUCUGAUCUGCAAGAUUUCUUCUUGCCUUCCUCAAAUGUGACCGGUGGUCUUGCUUCAGGUACACGCUCGCGUAGAGAAAUUGGUCUGCGAGUUCGAGACCUGGUCCUGGCAUUGGCUUUGUGUCAUAACGUCACACCCACCACAGAAGAAGUUGAUGGUUCUACAGUCACCUCGUAUCAGGCUUCUUCCCCUGACGAGAUUGCCAUUGUGGCAUGGACAGAACAAGUCGGACUACGGCUUUUGCAUCGCGAUCGCAAAUCUAUCACCCUACAAUUCGUGGAUAACAGCAAGAUCGUGGUUCGUGUACAGAUUCUCAACAUCUUCCCCUUCACCUCCGACAGCAAGCGCAUGGGUAUCAUCGUCAAAUUCGUGCAAGAAGGCGAAGCCGGAGGUGAUAUGGGCGAGCUGUAUUUCUUCCAANAAGGUGCAGACACUGUCAUGACUUCUAUUGUCGCUGCCAAUGAUUGGCUUGACGAGGAGACAGCAAACAUGGCGCGUGAAGGCUUGCGCACUCUUGUCAUUGGCAGGAAGGCUCUCUCUGGAGACCAAUACGCUGCCUUCUCUUCAGCCUACGCCGAAGCAUCAUUGAGUCUCCACGACCGCGAUAACAGCAUGGCACGAGUCGUCAAGCAGCACCUCGAACACAACCUUGAGCUGUUGGGCGUCACGGGCGUGGAAGACAAACUACAAGCUUACAUCAAGCCGUCUCUUGAACUCCUCCGCAACGCGGGCAUCAAAAUUUGGAUGUUGACUGGAGACAAAGUUGAGACUGCACGCUGUGUAGCAGCGUCUUCCAAGCUUGUCUCUAGAGGUCAGUACAUACACACAAUCGCAGGGCUUAAGCGGAAAGACCUGGCUCUCGACGCACUCUCUCUUCUGCAUUCGCGUCCGAACGCGGCUUUACUGAUAGACGGCGAAUCUCUGUCUUUAUAUCUGACCCAUCACAGAGACGCAUUCAUCACUCUAGCAGUGCGUCUACCUGCUGUGAUAGCCUGCCGCUGCUCUCCCACUCAGAAAGCAGACGUCGCAAAGUUGAUCCGCAAUCACACUCGCAAACGUAUUGCUUGUAUUGGUGAUGGUGGCAACGAUGUCAGCAUGAUUCAGGCUGCCGACGUUGGUGUCGGUAUAGUAGGAAAAGAAGGUCGUCAAGCUUCUCUUGCUGCUGACUUCAGCAUCACUCAAUUCAGCCACCUCACCAAACUGCUUGUUUGGCAUGGUCGCAAUAGUUAUAAGCGAUCGGCGAAACUUGCGCAGUUUGUGAUCCAUCGUGGUUUGAUUAUCAGUGUGUGCCAGACUGUGUUCUCAGUGGCUUCAGCGUAUCAACCCAUUGCUCUAUACAGAGAUUGGCUGUUGGUUGGUUACGCGACAUUAUAUACCAUGGCCCCAGUCUUCUCGCUUACACUCGAUCGCGACGUCGACGAAAAUCUCGCCAAUCUGUAUCCAGAACUCUACAAGGAGUUGACUCUAGGAAAAUCUCUGUCAUACCGUACUUUCUUCAUCUGGGUCGCUAUCUCUGUCUAUCAAGGCAUCAUCAUCCAAGNNGGGGGAAGCCAGCUUUUAGUUCCCAAAUUUGCGGAACACAGCACAGGCAACGCCGAUACUGCCGCCCNNUCAUUUGCGCGUAUGGUCAGUGUUUCCUUUACAGUUCUCGUCAUCAAUGAGUUGAUUAUGGUGGCUGCUGAAAUUACGACCUGGCAUCCUGCAAACAUCAUCUCUAUCCUGGCAACUGGAUGUUUGUACUUCGGCAGUAUACCAUUCCUUUCUGGGUACUUUGAUUUGAGGUUUGUGGCGAGCGCUGGAUUUGUUUGGAGGGUUGCUGCUAUCUCGGCGGUGUCUUUGGUACCAGUAUAUGCUGGCAAGUUGAUUCGACGGGCGGUUAAACCGCCUAGUUAUCGCAAGGUCCAAGGAGUUUGA